AUUCAAAUAACCGCCCUUCAGCUUCCCCCCCAAAAUUACGAAAAAGGCUAAAACUCAUACCAGGCACUUUCAAUGAUUGGCAUUCUCGUAAAUAAAAUAAACAUAGAUGACAUUUUCCAGCACACCAAAACCCUUGCCGUGAAGUUCCACAUAUAAUAUAAUCGCUCAAUGAUGGCCAAAAAAACCAAUCCAUUCUUUUGUCAUGGCGUGUCCUUCGCUUCUACAAUCUACAGCGUCCUCGUUUCUCGGCCAUUCCCCUUUCUUUUCGUCUUCUUCGUCGGCGCGCCUGCCAUACCGCAACCGCAGAAAUGGAUACGGCGGCGUCGUUUCCGUUAAGGCGGCAGGCGAGAUUGUGUUGGUGGAGAAAUCGGAAGCGGAAAAACCCUAUCGUCUGAAAACUACUUACCUAGAAAAAAUUGUCCCUUUGCUUAAAGAAGAGUUCAACUACACCAAUAUUCACCAGGUUCCAAAGAUUGAAAAAAUAGUAGUGAAUUGCGGGAUUGGAGAUGCUGCCCAGAAUGCGAAAGGUUUGGAAGCGGCUAUGAAUGAGAUGGCAAUGAUUACGGGGCAAAGACCUGUGAAGACGCGAGCUAGGAAUUCUAUUGCUACUUUCAAGAUACGGGAAGGCCAGCCACUUGGAAUUGCCGUUACGCUUAGAGGAAACGUGAUGUAUUCAUUCUUAGAUCGGCUCAUUAACUUGGGGCUUCCUAGGACUAGGGAUUUUCAAGGUUUAAAUCCUAAUAGUUUUGAUGGACAUGGAAAUUACAGUAUUGGAAUUCGUGAACAGAGUGUCUUCCCUGAUAUCAGAGUUGAUGCAAUUGGUAAACCCAGAGGAAUGGAUGUUUGCAUCAAAACGACGGCCAAGUCUGAUAAGGAAGGUCAGAAGCUAUUGGCCCUAAUGGGUAUACCUUUUAGAGAAGGAGAUGGUCCUGUAGUCCAACAACGCAAGAAGAAACUGAAGCCUCACCACUUUCAGAAGAAGGGUGGCAAGGGCCGGAGAUGAGAGUUUUCCCUGCUAUAAGGCAGAGGUUCUUUGUACCAUUUUGUUGUAAUUGCAUCAUUGUCAGAAGGUAAUGCCCUAAAGAAUGAUGUUAAAUAAUGCCAGAUAAUUUGGUUGUAUUGUAUCAUCAGGGAAGUUUCAGUCAGGAUUCAAUUCUGUAGUCUUAACCUCUGAAUUCAAUGUAAAAGAAUAUUUGUCAAUCUUUUUGGUCUCAUUUCCAUGGAAGAAUGGUUUCAGCUGAACUUCAGGGUUCUUUUCCUGUUUUUAGCCUUGUUUCUGUUCGGGUCCAAUUUCAAUUAAUGUUGGUUUGAAUUGUUUCAAUUUCAAUUAAUUUAACUCAAAUCCACCCCUUAAUUGCAAUUGUAUAGCUUGAAUUAGGAAAU